AUGGACCGAGCAUCAGCCAUUCUUGUGCGGAAUAUCUUGCUUGAUGAGAUUCAAGAGCUUCGAACAACACUCGAAAAUGGAGUAAUCGAUUUUAGAAUAGCUCUGGAGACUUUUAGAGAAGAAAUUGAAGAUCUCGCCAGCGGUAAUAUUGAAAUUUAUGAUACUGAUGAAGACAAUUUCCUCGAUAUCGAUACCAAUAUCUCCAAUUCACAGAAGAACUCAAACAGUGACCUAGCCCUUGUUGCGUUUGACUGUGUGGCAUGUCAAGAGACCUGCACUAUGUUCGACAUACUUCGACUACCAUGCUCCCAUCAAUACUGCGAAGACUGCGUUUUAAAAAUGAUCAGGUUGAGCUUAGACCAGAAUACCGUGUUCCCACCUCAAUGUUGCGGUAUGGAAUUGUCGAUAACCCUAAUCAAAGAGCCUAAACACGAAGAUCUGGCGAGAAGGUUUCGGGAGAAACUUAUCGAAACAAAUGAUGAGAACCGAACAUAUUGCGCUAUUAGAGCAUGCUCACAAUAUAUUCUACCUACCAACAUCCGUGGAAAUUCCGGCAAUUGCUCUACGUGUAAAGGGAGGACGUGCAUAAAAUGCAAAAGGCCUUUUCAUCUAGGAAAAUGUGUGGAUGCCGAAGACAAGCUUAUUGAACUGGCUAUGUCGCAUAGAUGGAAAGCGUGUUGUAGAUGUGGUGUGGUGAUCGAGAGAAUCGACGGUUGUCUGCAUAUGAGGUUAGUCAAAUCUUGA